AACUUCGUUCUUUAUAUUACGCAAAUAAUAUACGACAACUUACCGACAUUUUAUAGUUUUUUUCAGAUCGGCGAUGCAAUUAAUGACUCUCGACCUCUGGUUACUUCUCAAUACUCGCCGUAUGGUUAAUUUUCUUACAAAAAUCUUGGGCUUCCUGAUCCAAAUCAUAUCCAUAAUGGCUUUAGGAGCAGGUGUUUUAAUAGCAUACACAUUGGUGCAUGUGAAAAUUGAUAUGUCGACGUACCACGAAGAGCAUCCCUAUGGAAAGGUGGUAAAAUCGAGCGACGAGGGGCUCAUUGGUAUUGCAACGACUUCGACAGAGUCAAAUUUGCUGCUAAAACACGAGCUAGCGAGCCUCAAGAACCAGGCGCUCAGCAUUGAAAUGAGCUUGAUAAAAAUGGCAAAGAAUUACAUAUUUAACGAUUAAUAAUUAAAAAAUGCUUAAAGUUUUCUCACUUUUUUCUUCUCCUAACAGAAAAAUCAAUACAAGGA